GCGGGUCUCCACACAGCCUUGUAGGCUUUCUAAAAUCCUGUACAGUAGCUCGACGACCGAUGACGACAAGAGACGAGAGAUCACAGCAGCCAUCGGGAGGAACGAAGCAAUAUCAUUGUAUCCUCGCAAGUAUAACACCAGCCGACCCGCAAUCUUCAAGGUACCUGUGCUAUCGAUAGCCUACCGGUACGGUAUCAACCACCUGUCCCAGUCAGUCCUCCUCCCACUACAGCUAUUAUAUUCAGAGUAUUGAGUUGAAAAUGGCUAAGGAUAAGGAAACAGAACGAUCAGUAGAGGUAUCAGCAGUGGCUGCCGUGUCGAUGAUCCUUCAUGCUGUCAAGCACUCACAUGAAGCUGUCCACGGAGUGCUGUUGGGCUCCUUCUCAGGAGGUCAAGUGAAGAUUUCCGAGGCUGUACCUGUAUGUCACGGAGCACCAACACUUCCAUUAUUGGAAACAGCACUUGCAUUGAUCAAGGCCGCCGACGACUCGUCAAAUUCUGUUGUCGGUUGGUAUGUUUCUCCAAGACUCGAAAGCGACGAACGGCCAGGACCGGCUGCUUUAAAGAUUGUUGCGGGUCUUGCCAGCAGCGAUGACAAGGAAAAGGAGCCAGCAUUGGUUGUUCUUCGCAACAAAGAUCUCGACAAGAUUGUACUCGACAAUGAAAGAUCGAUGAUUGAUUCAUUUCAGGCUCUGGGGAAAGAUUUUGGCCAGCAAUGGCUCAAACCCUUGAGUACUGGUAUUGACAAUGAGGAGACAAUAAAAGCCGGUGUGAAAAAAGCCUUGAAAGGUGAAAUUAAUAUUGAGGACUUGAUUGAUCAUUUCGAGGCUGAAAGCUCAAAGAAGUCGAGAUGGUUCCCUAAUGACUCUUUGAAGGCACUCUUGAAGUAACGAGGGCGUAGCAGUACAUGUAUGGCUACACGACACCUCUACGCAAAUUGUAAUGAAAAACAGAAACAUAGACUACGUAGGCAGGCAGACUCAUAUCAGAGUUGGAUAGUGGAGCUUUACAGCAAUAUAAAUAAACCUAUUUUCAUGUUUCC